UAAAUACCCUACUCCUGACCGCCGUUGAGACAGAACCGCAAACGGAAACCGCCCGUUUCUUUUCCGUUUUACGCACAAUCCAAGCCAUCGGGAAUAAACCAUGAUCAAGAAAAUGUCUCCAUCCGAGAGCGACUUUGACAUCCCCGCCAAGAACUGCUACAGGAUGGUGAUUUUGGGCUCCACCAAAGUUGGGAAAACGGCCAUCGUGUCCCGGUUCCUGAACGGCCGGUUCGAGGAGCAGUACACGCCGACCAUCGAGGACUUUCACAGGAAACUGUACAACAUCAAAGGGGACGUUUACCAACUGGACAUACUGGAUACGUCAGGGAAUCACCCUUUCCCCGCGAUGAGGAGACUCUCCAUACUGACAGGUGACGUGUUCAUUCUGGUCUUCAGCUUGGACAACCGCGAGUCUUUCCAGGAGGUGCAGCGGCUCAAGAAGCAGAUCUACGAGACCAAGUCGUGCCUGAAGAACAAGAUCAAGGAGAACAUCGACGUGCCUCUGGUGAUCUGCGGGAACAAGGGCGACCGGGAGUUCCACCGGCAGGUGCAGCAGGAGGAGAUCGAGCAGCUGGUGGCCGGCGACGACAAGUGCGCCUACUUCGAGAUCUCGGCCAAGCGCAACGAGAACGUGGACAAGAUGUUUCAGACGCUGUUUACCCUGGCGAAGCUACCUCACGAGAUGAGCCCCGACCUGCACCGGAAGGUGUCCGUGCAGUACUGCGACAUGCUGCACAGGAAGUCGCUCAAGCACAAGAAGAUGAAGGACAUCGGGGAGGCGUACGGCGUGGUGACUCCGUGCGCGCGGAGGCCGAGCGUCCACAGCGACCUCAUGUACAUUAAGGAGAAGGCCGUCGGAGGCGGCCACGGCAAGGACAAAGAGAGGUGCGUGAUAAGCUAAGGGGGAGAGAGCACGAGGCGCAAACGUGCGCAAACAAACGCACACACAAAAAAAACAAUCUUUUAAAAGAAGAAGGAGCCUGGCGCGUGCAGGGCGGCCGGCUGCCGCUCGGACGUAAAGCGGAGCUUUGAAGGCGCCGCCGAUGCCGUCGCUGGUGCUGAUGCUGCCGCGCGCGCGCUUAAACGCAGCACCGUUUCAAAAGGACACUGACCGGACAACCGAGUCUGCUUCUUCUUUUUUUUUUUUUUUUUUUCAAAAGAAUAAACAACCACUGCCAACAAGACGUAUGAGAAUGUUAGCUUGUUCUGUCCGUCAGAGCCUAAUCUGUGACGUGGCUUCAUACCUUGUGAGACUCGCGCGCGCCGAUGCGCAAGUUGUUGCUUUGUUGACGUUUCGCCUUUUGGACAGCUGCCAGAGACUCACACGGCUCAGGAGGAGAGAAGGCUGUUUACAUUUUACUGUAGGUUUUUAUAAAGGCUAAGUACACUUGAAUGUUUACUCUAUAUCUGGAUUAUUUUUAUUGUUGAAUGUAUUAUUUAUUGUUGGUGUUAAUUUCUUUUUCUUUUUGCAAUGAAGUCAAAGAAAAUUGAAAAAUCCAAUAAAAAUAAAACUACAUAAAAU